UCAGGCCUGGUUUUGCUCGUGCUCGGACCCCAAUUCCCCCCCGCCCCCCGAACCCUGCUUUCCAGGUCUACGUAAAGGACGGGAAGAAGUUUGUCUCGACUAAAGAAAGGGCUGUGGAGCAAGGUCUGGACAUAGAGUUCACGGGCCUUCGCACUAACCUGUCGCGGUCCCAGCAGAUCAGUCUUUUUGACUUGCCAUCGGAGUGGUAUCUAAAGACACGUCAGAGUGUUCAGCAGUUUACCAUCUGUCAGAUUGGAUUGUCUGUGUUUUCCAGUAUUGAAGGAGAGCCAAACAAGUACGUAGCCCAUUCAUGUAAUUUCUUUCUCUUCCCUACAACGUUUGGGAUUUUGGACUCGGAAUUCUCUUUCCAGGCUUCUAGUGUUCAGUUUUUGAAUCAGUAUGGCUUCGACUACAACAAGUUUCUCAAAAAUGGAAUCCCGUAUAUGAAUGAAGAGCAGGAGAAGAAAAUCCAGCACAGCAUCCUGACCGGGAACUGGAGAGUCCGCAGUUCUCUGGAUAAAGACCAAAUGAAGGUGGUGAUUGAUGAGGUGACGCGGUGGCUGAACCUGGCAGAGGAAGGCGACUGGAUGACUCUCCCUGGUAUCGCCGGCUUCCAGGCCUUCGAGGUGCAGCUGGUCCUGAGGCAGGCCCUCCCUGACAUCUGGACGGUGCUGGGCGACCAAGGGGUGAUGGUGAAGAAGGUGAGCAGGCAGCAUCGCUGGUACCUUCAGAACACCUCCUGCGACCGAGAGAGCCGCUGGAGGGAGAAGAUUCUUCUCUCUGCGAGGGGCUUCUCUGUGUUUUUCCAGAUGCUGGUGAAAGCCCAGAAGCCCUUAGUGGGACACAAUAUGAUGAUGGACCUGCUGCAUCUGCACGAGAAGUUCUUCCGACCUCUCCCAGAAAGCUACAAUCAGUUUAAGCUGAAUAUCCACAGCCUUUUUCCUGUCCUCAUUGACACUAAGAAUGUGACGAAGGACAUAUGGAAGGAACUGAAUUUCCCAAGGGUUUCAAAUCUUUCCGAAGUUUAUGAAGUCCUAAACAGUGACUUGAAUCCCACCAAGAAUUCUGGGCCAGUGAUUAUUCACGCCAGCGAGUGUGAGAAAUACGUGGAGACAAAGUACCCCCACGAAGCAGCCUACGACGCCUUCCUCUGCGGAUCAGUUCUUUUGAAAGUGGCUCACUUGCUCCUGUGGAGAGUGCACGGAGCUGGCUCCAUACCUGAGCCUUCCUUCCCCCUGUACCUUGACGUGCUGGCCCCCUACGUGAACCAGGUGAAUCUGAUCCGAGCUGGGGUCCCUAAGAUCAACUUUUCUGGUCCAGAUUACCCCAGUAUCCGACCCCCCAUCCUCCUGCUCAGCGUCAGGAGGUGGCCUGGGGUCAGCGAGCAGCAGGUCUACCGCGAGUUCCACAGUCUCUGCAAAUUCGAUGUCCGGCGACUCACGCGCAACCAGUUCCUGCUCUUGACCAAUAAGUUCAAGGACGCUCGGAGCAUCCUGAAGGAGUACAGGGGCCACCCCACCCUGCAGGUCUCCCUCUAUCGGUACUGGAGGCACUCCCCGGACAUCAACUGCUUGUUGCAAGUCUGCGGCGUAGUUACGGCCUGGGCGCUUGCCGCGCUCCUCCUGGGCCGGCCUAGCCCCUGAAGCCCUAGCCGCCUGCGGUUCGCCCUCUCCGCCCUUUCCAGGAGGCCGGCCUGCUUUUGUUCCUGUGACUUGCAUUCUACUUGCAGGCGGAUCUGUCUGGUCAUUGUGAGGAAUUUUGUUAUAUUUUGAACGAAAAAUCCUGUAAAUAUUAUCAAUGAUAAAGAAACCUUUGGGUGGCUCUCCCAGGAGCAUGCCCUUCCCUUUCCCCUUCCCCUCUUCCUCCCCCAGGCUGUUACUUUACCCC